GACGCCGUUGGAUCCACCUCGCGGAACUCAUUUUCCCGCCCAAUUCCAUGCAACAAACCAGCAGAGUAUAUACCGGGAGCUGAAGCCUUCUUUCUGUUCGUAAAACUCCAUAGCCGUUUCGCGGAAUCAUACUCUCAAUUCCGAAAACAAGUAUGGUGGUGAUCGCUGACGCCGUAUCCGCCAUGGCGGCGAUAAGAGCAUGGAGGCCGACAUUUCGCAAUGCGGCGGACAAGGUCGUCUUCGCCGUUCACGCCACCUUCUUCGCUUCCGGAUUCUACCUUAACGCCACCGGCGCCCCUGCUUUCGACCUCGACACUUUCGCCUCCCCCUCAACCACCGAUGGAGUCUCGAACAGAGUGAAAGUUCUAUGUCUUGUAGAGGAUCAUAAAGUUCGGGUUGUUGCAAUGAGGCAUGGUGACAGCACACUUUAUGAACUUAAACUGAAAGUUCAUGACUAUGUUGAGAAUGGAGGCAGAGAUUAUCACUCACAAUAUAAGAACUUUGAGUAUCUGGUCAAGGAAAUCAAACAGGUUGUGAUGAAGUAUAUUGACUCUUCUGCCAUAGAAUCAUCCUCUAGGACCUCCACUUACUUGUCAAGAUUUGAAGAUGUUUGGGAUAGUCCCGCUGCUGUUUACUGGUAUGGAUAUAUCCAAUGUAGGCAGUGUCACCACUUACUGCCUGUUUAUGUGCUAGGAUACCUGGCUCUGCCAUUUCCUGGCAUUAGGGGGAUGAACAACUCUCAUGGACUUCAUACUAUAAAUUUCCUUCCCAGUCAUGCUGUAUUCCCAUAUUAUGGCGUGAGUGGCUUCGGCAUUUUCCCUGGACCAUAUGAUGCUGUGUAUUUCAUACCCAGAUUCCUGGUUCUUCCAGUUCCUAUGUUUUGGGGGAGCAACAAUUUUCAUCGCCGUGGUACUGGAGUUUUCCUUCCCAGGGCCUAACAAUUUUGGAUGGGCUACGUGAUGAUGAUGCUCUCAUUUGACUUGCAAGUAUAAUUGAUGAUGAUCCUGAGUGAUCCUUCAGGAGCAUAUGGCUUACCAAUUCACAUCUGCAAAAAAUAUGUGUAGAUAACCUGAACCAGUUGUUGCAGAUUGAUUUUCUUGAGGCCGUAACUGUAAAUAGUACACUGCUUGGGCGGUGUGGUUUGAACUAAAUGCCAAAUGUUAAC